GUGAUUAAUUCAGUAUGGCGGAGGUGCUGGCUCAAUGAUUUCUACAGUACCGACGGGUCCUAAAACCCUGCUCUGUGGAUGCUCCCGGAGCCUGAGACUAAACCUGCCAUUUGCGCGCAAGGGUGCUCAAUUCAGUCUGACCAGAAGGUAUCGCGCCACAACACACCGCAGAGGUCUGUGAUGAAGCCUUAAGAAACAACUGCUCUCUGUCCCUCCUUAGCCCGGCGCCUCCAUCUGGCACCACCAGCUCAGCUGGGAAACACAUGGUGGUCACUACGGCCACCACGGAGGUGCACUGACACCCUCGCCGCCUCACCUCUCCUCCCCUGUCAAGCCUGCCUGGCAACAACAACCAUAACAAUGAGCUCUCACGGUCGAUCAGGUGGCUUGACCGGCAACGAGCAGCCCGUGGAACUCCUUAAACCGGCUGCGCUCAACCAUUUCGUGGACGUGAGCACGGCAGCACUGCCCAUGCAGGUGCCCCCCACCACCACAGCAAUCCUUCCCAUGGACCUGCGCGUAGUGGACCACCCCCACCACCACCACCACCACCAGCAGCCCCCCUUCGGCCUGGUUCCCCAGCCCCACCCCACACCGCCCACAGCUUGUCCCGCAUCCUCCGAGCCAGGCCGUGGGACAGUCAUUAACCACCAGGAGCAGCAGCUGCAGCAGGAGCUGGUAACUCUCAAACACAAGCAGCAGCUCCAGAGACAGCUCCUGAUCGCCGAGUUCCAGCGGCAGCAUGAACAGCUGUCGCGACAACAUGAAGUCCAGCUACAGGAACAUAUCAAGCACCAACAGGAUUUAUUGGCACUCAAGCACCAACAGGAGCUGUUGGAGCACCAGAGGAAGAUUGAGCAGCAGCGUCAUGACCAAGAGAUGGAGAAGCAGCAGCGAGAACACAAACUCCUGCAGCUUAAAAACAAGGAGAGGGGACAGGAGAGUGCAGUUGCCAGUACAGAGGUGAAGAUGCGACUUCAGGAGUUUGUCCUGAACAAGAAGAAAGCCCUGGCUCAGCGAAACCUAAACCACCGUCUGCCCAGCGACCCACGCUUUUGGUAUGGAAAAACCCAGCACAGCUCUUUGGACCAGAGUUCUCCUCCCCAAACAGCAUUGUCAGCGUACAACCACCCGAUGCUGGGCACUUAUGACUCAAAAGACGACUUCCCACUUCGCAAAACAGCCUCUGAGCCCAACCUGAAGCUUCGCUCACGGCUAAAGCAAAAGGUGACGGAGCGCCGCAGCAGCCCUCUGCUCCGGAGGAAGGACGGUCCCAUCACUUCUGCCAAGAAACGUUCCCUAGACGUGGCUGAGUCUGCAUGCAACAGUGCACCAGGCUCAGGUCCCAGCUCCCCCAACAACAGCUCCAGUAACAUCCCCAGUGAGAACGGGGUCACCAUCUCCAGCAGCCCUGGAGAGGCCUCCCUGCUUCAGAGGUUGGCUGCAAGGGAAGGUUCAGUCAGCCAGCUCUCUCUCUACACCUCCCCUUCUCUGCCCAACAUCACCCUGGGACUGCCAGCCACAGGCCCUGCUAGCACUGUGGUGUCAGGACAUCAAGAUGGUGAGAGUCGUCUGGCGUUGCCUGCGUUACAGCAGGGCAUUCCUCUGACCCCUCCGUUUCUGCCCGCUGCCCACCUGCCCUCCUACUUGGCAUCUUCGGCUCUGGACAGGGAGGGGGCCGGAGGGGGCACGGCUGGUCACAACCCCCUUCUCCAACACAUGGUACUGCUGGAACAGAGCCACAAUCCAAUGGUUGGUCUGGCCGGCCUCCCACUACCAUCACCGUCUGUCUCCAAACUUGCGCGUGGCCACCGUCCCCUUGGAAGAACCCAGUCGGCCCCUCUGCCUCAGCAGCAGUGUGGACAGGCCCAGGCCCUGCAGCAGCUGGUGGUCCAGCAGCAACACCAGCAGUUCCUGGAGAAACACAAACAGCAGUUCCAACAGCAGCAGCAGCAGCACAUCAUCAACAAGAUCAUGUCCAAGCCCAGCGAUCAGGUCUCAGCCGCGAGCUCCAGCGCCUCAGGGCCAGCCAGGCAACACCAGAGUCACCCAGAAGAGACGGAAGAGGAGCUCAGGGAGCACCAGGGGCUCUCCCUUUCAUCCUCUUCCUCCUCGACAACCGCGCAGGAGACGGGGCCUCUGAGAGGGCUUGUCAUCAAGCAGGAGCCCCCAGACCCCCAAGAGCAGGAGGAGAGGGAGAAGAGGGAGAGACAGGCUGAGCAGGACUUUCUGUUCCGACAGCAGGCUCUGCUGCUAGAGCAGCAGCGGAUCCACCAGUUGAGGAACUACCAAGCCUCCAUUGAAGCAGCUGGAUUAUCAGUCAACUUUGCUGGACAUCGCCCCCUCUCUAGGGCUCAGUCAUCUCCAGCAUCUGCCUCCUUCCCCAUGGUUGUUCAGGAGCCGCCAGUCAAGCCUCGAUUCACUACAGGUCUGGUGUAUGACUCUUUGAUGCAGAAGCACCAGUGUAUGUGCGGCAACACCACCAGUCAUCCAGAGCACGCUGGCCGAAUCCAGAGUAUCUGGUCUCGAUUACAGGAAACAGGCCUCAGGGCGCACUGUGAGUGUAUCCGUGGUAGGAAGGCCUCGCUGGAGGAGCUGCAGACGGUCCACUCCGAAGCUCACGUCCUGCUGUAUGGAACCAACCCACUGCGGCAGAAACUAGACUGUUCAGUCAGUCCCAUGUUUGUGAGGUUACCAUGCGGAGGCAUAGGGGUGGACAGUGACACCAUUUGGAACGAGGUCCAUUCAUCCAGUGCAGCUCGUCUGGCCGUCGGCUCGGUGGUGGAGCUGGUCUUCAAAGUAGCAUCGGGAGAACUGAAGAAUGGUUUUGCUGUAGUUCGACCACCUGGACACCACGCUGAGGAGAGCACGCCUAUGGGCUUCUGUUACUUCAACUCAGUCGCCAUAGCAGCAAAGCUGCUGCAGCAGAGGCUCAAUGUCAGUAAAAUCCUUAUCGUGGACUGGGAUGUGCACCAUGGUAAUGGCACCCAGCAGGCCUUUUAUGCAGACCCCAGUGUUCUCUACCUGUCAAUGCAUCGCUACGAUGAUGGGAACUUCUUUCCUGGCAGUGGAGCACCUGACGAGGUGGGCAGUGGAGCAGGUUGCGGCUUCAAUGUGAACAUGGCCUUUACUGGAGGACUGGAACCUCCCAUGGGCGAUGCAGAGUACCUGGCUGCAUUUAGGACGGUGGUUAUGCCUAUUGCCAAUGAGUUUGCCCCAGACGUGGUUCUGGUAUCUUCAGGCUUUGAUGCGGUAGACGGACAUGCUCCACCCCUGGGAGGAUACAAACUGACAGCCAAAUGCUUUGGCUACCUGACCAGGCAACUGAUGGCUCUGGCAGGCGGUCGGUUGGUGCUUGCCCUGGAGGGGGGUCACGACCUCACAGCCAUAUGCGAUGCCUCCGAAGCCUGCGUCUCUGCUCUGCUUGGCAAUGAGUUGGACCCCAUUCCUGAUGAGGUGCUGCAGCAGAGACCGAAUGCCAACGCUGUCCAAUCUAUGGAGAAAGUUCUUGAAAUACAAAGUAAAUACUGGCGCUCACUGCAGCGCUUGGCCUCCACACUCGGUUGCUCGUUGAGUGAAGCCCUGCGGCGUGAAGCAGAGGAAGCUGAGACCGUCUCCGCCAUGGCCUCAUUGUCUGUGGCCAACAAGCACAUUGGAAAGAGGGCUGAAGAGGAACCAAUGGAAGAAGAAGCUACUAUGUAAAGAAACAUCCCUAGCCUUUGACCACUCAGACCAGUCUACAUCUUUGACAGUGCCCUCAUCCAGUCAGUGUCCAUUUCAAUGCCACUCCUAUGUCUCACCCCUGCCAUACCAAAAUGGCAUCUUAUUAAGGGAGAGAACAAGCCGAGCUGGCAAAAGUGGCGCUCAAAGGAAAUGGAACACUGAAGAUGAGCGAUGCGUUCUCUGAUCAGCAGUGCACAGACUGAUCAGCAUAAAUGUGUUGCAUUGUCUCUUCAAGACCUUGGAUAUAAGAGGAUUGACUCAACCAUCCCACAAUGACAGCCUUGAGUGCCAGUGCUUUUAAAACACUAGACAAGAUGUACUUUUUAAAUGCCAGUCAGAACCAUAAACGGAUGAUCCGUCGUCAUUGACUUUUCUUAAUGUUCUGUUCAUUCUUUAUCUUCGUCAUCACACUUUCGUCAAAAACCACCAGAGCUAACGUGAUUGUGACUCUGCACUUCGGAUGAAUCAUUCCUGCUCUUUUUAAAUAUCCGGAUGAAUGGAACAAUGUGGUUGAAUUUCUUGCGGUUUUCAAGGUGGGUGAAGAUUUCAGAUGAGGAAAGGUCAGCAGGUGUUCUAAUUCCAAAAUGACUGACAGUGAAAGACGGUGCAUUCGUGCCUUUUUCUUUUCAAACCUGGUGGAUUUUCUGUUGAACUCUACUGAAAGAGCUUUGCCUUAAAAAACAGGUUUGGGAACGAGGCCUCUUCUCCCCAAUCCCUUAAACAUUUCUAUCCUGGCAAGACAUCCAAUGCCUGCAUGUUGUUGGCACAUAGACUGGAGGACCUUGGCAUGUUUACCUAAAAUUCCCUGCAAGCAGGUUUCUGUCUCUCCCUGUACCUCCAUCUUUCCUUUUUCCCCCGUCAUUUAAAUAAUUUUAUUUCAGAAGGUAGUUCCCAACCACAAGUUGGAGAUGGUUCAGUUUUCAGGAAAGUUUCAGGUUUAGUGUUACUCAGUAGAGCGAUGUAUCAGAUACAGUCCUGUAGCCAGAGGUAAUGUCUUGAAGGGCGAGGUUUCCGCACCUGAGGAUUUUUCAUACAUCGCAGUGGAUGCAGCAAUCCUUAAUCAGUGAUAUCAAUUUCUUAUUACUUGAAAAUCAAUUUACGGAGAUUUAGAAGUGGGUAAUGGGGAGCCAUGUGUGUCCCCUUGGCAACAGGCCUGAUCAGCAGACUCAAAUGGCAUCUGCAGAUUUUUUUAACAGUUUUCAGCAGUGAUCCAGGAUGAUAAUCUGCAGACUUCUGUGGAAUGUUUUUUUGUUUAUAAAGUAAUAGACAAUAGUCAUUUGGAAAAGAACUGCAGAGAUGUUGUCAGAAUUCCACAGGCGCAGAUUUUGUGUUGGCCUGCUGAUAAAAUAGGCAUUAAGCAAAGACUCAUGUAGCAUGCACUGUACUAGAACAGCAGGACUUAUGAAAACUACAAACCUUUUCAUACUGUGUGUAUUUAGACAGUAAUGAAGCCAAAGCAUGAUGGACUUUGAUGUCUGUAGUAUCAAACCACUUCAUUUCUACAUUAGAAUUAGUCGCACUUUUUGUCAGAUUAAUGAGAUGAGAGGAAUUAAUCUCAUAUGGGCCAAUUUGUUUCAGCAGCCCUCUCUUUAUGACAACUGUGUCUCUGUGGUUACAAUGACUGAACCACCUGGGAUUUUCCACAGGGGUGUUCCUGGGCUGCACAGGCUCUCACAGCUGGUUUAACAUCUUUAGUCCCUUGUUAAGCACAUCUGCUGCCCAAAUGUCAGGUGCUGUGAGGCAGGUGUGUGUAUAUCUGUUCACAUACACUGAAGCACAAGCUGCUCUUUAUAAAUAUUCAAGUGCACACAUAUAUUUUUCCAGUUGUUAUUCUUUAUUAAUCAUCCUUUUCUAUUGAACAGUGACCCAGCCAGUGGGAUACGCCCAUGCAUUAUGAGUAUCCUUGCAACUUUGAAUAACACAUGUAGCUCAGAUUCUGUAUCCUGCAUUUUACUAAAUCGGAAUCUUUUUAAAUCAGGUAUUAGCUUAAUAUUUAAGAAGUGAAAGAUCGGCUGUUGCAUUGUACACUGAGCUUAAUGAAUGUGUGCUCUGUACUGGCUCUUAAUUUAAACUUAACCCCGCUAGCAAGGCUAUACAACUCACCAGCCACCAGCCUAGUUGUAAGUAAAUUUAGUUGUCCAUUUUGGCCAAAGGCAAAUGUGCUACAAUGGCCCCAGACAUUUCCAUUGCUAAAUGCAUGCUGCAGCUUUGGAAAUGACGAUUCAAAACCCAUACGAAAAUCCAAAACAAAUUGGAUUUACAACAACAGAAAUUGUGAUUCAAAUGAAAAAACAAAUACAUAAACAGCAAACACGCUUCAAACUCAGAAAUAAUGCAAAGUCUUAAUCACACAAACCUGAAAAAACAAAUGCAACAGUAAAACACUGCACAAUCAGUUAACAUGAUGGAAGUUAACCAGGCCUCCAGGGGAGCGUUAGAUGGAACAGCCUGAUUUUUAACCAGAGCCACAGAGUUACGUAAAUUUGCUCUUUUAUGAUAUUAUACAUGGCUAAGGCCAACUGCCAAAAAAAAGAAUCGUACCUUUUAAUGUCACAACUUUAUUCCACUUUCUUUCUGCUUCAAAAACAAACACGCUCUUGUGUGUGGUCUGUUUCCAGGGCUGGAAGUUAAGCUGUUCCACUCAGCGCUCCCCCUGGAGGCCAUUGAACUUCCAUUAUGUUGACUGGAUAUGCAGCAUUUUUCUGUUGUAUUUGUUUUUGGUGGUUGUGUGUUUUUGGCUUUGCAUCAUUUCAGAUGUCUUUGUUUUGGCUUUCUGCAGCACGUUUUGCAUUCGCAGCACUUUUCCAUUGUUGUAUUUGUUUUGGAUUUCCGUACGUAUUUUUGAGUUGGCAUCGUUUCUGAAGCUGCAGCACGUUUCACCGACUGGAAAAGUUCGGGGUCGUUGUAGUGUGUCUGCCCUUGUCAGCCACUGAAGCUUUUGUCCUUUUCACAAAGAAAAAAAUACAUGUACAAGAUUGAUAAAACAGUCAGUGUGCAGAAGUAAACCUCUGUCUGCAACCAUUUCCAGCUUGUGUUUGGCCCCUGGGCAACUACCUUCUCUUACCUUUGUUUCAUCUACGAGCUAAUCAUGUUUAAUGUAUUUUUGCAGUGAACAGGAAACAGAAUGCUGUGGUGUUUACUGUUGUUUACUGUACAAAGGCCAUUGAUCUCCUGAGUAUUCCUGCCACACACAUUUGUCAAUGACUACUCUACUUUAGUUGAUUCUCUUACCCCUCAUCCGUGUCUUUUUUUGUUUUGGUUUUGUUGCCCUUCCAGUGGACUCCAGUGACUUCUUUUGUACUUUUUUAAUGUUGUUUUGUUCAUAUCCCCCUGUCUGUUUCUCUGUUACAUUGUAAAGCUGACAUACUUCACAACAGGUGAGGGUUCAGAGUCUGUUUUUAGUGGACAUUACAUGACUGUGUUUUCUGGGUUCAGGGUUUUUGUGGGAGGGUCGGGGUGCAAAUGUUUCUACUUUGUAUAACGAUGGACAAUUGUGUAUUUACUGUCUGUUCAUAGUAGAUUUAUAUAUGAAAAGAAAUGAGUAUAUUAUAUAUAUAUAUAUAUCUACAUAAUGAAAUACUAUGAUCUUGUUUUUGAAGUUGGUAUUGAAAUGAUACACUUAACGGGCCUUACAUACAGUCGGCUCUUUUUAGGGUGUCACUGAAGGCACCAUAUACUGUCCUUGGUUAAAGCUGGUUACGUGUUCAGUAGCAUUUUACUGGUUGUCUUUUUAUCUUUCAACACUGAUGAUUAGUUUUUGGCUUUAUCCAUCCCGUUCCCUCAUAACACUGUUACAGUAGGUGUGCUCAGCAUCACGUCGUUUUUAUUUUUUGUGUAGAUAUUGUAGAAAACCACACAUUUUGGCCAGCACCUAUAAGUAUUUCAAGAAAUAUGAGACUAACAUUCAAAUUGGGAUUCUGCACGUCUCAAAAGUGGCCAAAGUGGUGAUCUGUUUCUUCCUCUUUCUUAAAGGUUUACAAGUUCAUCUUCAACAACAGGAAAAAAAAGAGCAAGAAAAAUGGGAUGGGUGGAUUUGAAUUGGAACAUGGCCAUGCUAUUUCCCCUACAUUAAAUCACUCUGAUGGGCCUUACAAAUGAGUUCACACCAUCAUCACUUAUUUCCUUAUCUGGCCAAACGUCUUUAAUUUUAAUUUAACUUAACAUUUCUUAGAAUUCCUCUCAUCCACAUGUGUAAUCUGGUUCGUCAGCUCAGUGAUGCCUUGGGUUUCAGGGUGGCCUGUUGUUUAGCACGACCAUCCUGUAUCCAAAAGGUCACAGGUGUUUGAUCCCUGAAAGAGCCCACGUCUUUCUGUCUUCAGAACACCAAAACUCUACUUCUAGUGUCUCCUCUACUAGGACCAAUGAUUUUUUAACAAUUUCUAUGUCUCACAGGAAUAUAUAAGAAAAAAACAAGAUUAUAAGGCCAUAUGCAUAUUGAAAUUUCCUAAAAUCUUGAUCAGACUAGCAAAGAGCAAACUUUCUCACUUUGACUGAAUGUAUCUGACCUCUACUGGUAGAGUGAUGCUGCAUCUCUCUGCAGAAGCACCGCUUGGGUCACGUGUUCCUAAAUCACCUCCAUGGCAUUCUUUUCCAUGGUUUCUGCAAAUAGCCAGAGAGGUCAACGUUUAGACUUUUUUAUGCUUGUUUCAUCUAUCACUUACCGCUUGUAAAUUAACGAAAUAAAUUUAGAAAACUAAGGUCUAAGCAUUUGAAGAAGGGCAUCACAUUUUUACUUUUUUCUAGUAUGGUUUAAACUCAGCCGUGUGAAAGAUAAGUCAUUUUUCUAUACAUUCCCUUUAUAUCAGACACCUACACAAACAAACACAAUUUUUUGUAAUUUUGAAAUUAUUCUUUUUCAGGACUUUCUUCCCACCAUUCUGAUGCUUCAUGCAAAUAUAUGUAUAUGUGGUUGGAAUAUGAAAAUGCAUACAGCGAGGCUAUCAUGAGUAUCACCUUUGCUAUGAUACGUUGACAUCUCUGGGCAUGCAAACACACUUGGUGAGAUGCUUUUUGGUAACCAAGCCCAGAACAUUCCCAGAACCUUUGCACAGCAGUGCCAGUCAUGGGGUUUCUACUGCUGAAUGCUUUGGUUUCUCAAAAGGAGCCAAGACUAGCACUGUCUGGCCACUCUGGCCGUCUGUCUUCACUGUUAGUCUUAACACAAUGUCCAGUAAUGAAAAAAAACCCAGCAACAUUCCAUUUUGUUAUAAUUUCCAUUUAUUAGGAGGGGCCAUAUCUUUUUGUUUUAGCCCUCAUAGUUCGGUCCAGCCAGGUCCAAGAACUGUCUGUUUAUUUAGGCGGCCUGGUCCGACUCCACUCCAUUCCUUUUUUUUCUCUCUGCAUGAUCUCUAUGUCCGCAUGCACUGCCUACCUGCUUGUCUGUCUGUCCCAUACCACAUAUCAGCACAAGGGAUCGAGCACUGAAGGACGUUAGUACUUUCACUGUAUCCAAACUAUCUUAUCUCUUUUACUGCUUUUUUUGUUUCUGCUGGGGAGGAGUUUGGUUGUUGUGCUUUUACCUGUACAUGUAGGAUUUGGAAUCAUCAAACCCUGGAAGUCUUCUGUUGAAUAUUUUACAAAAAAAAGAAAAAAAAGGUAUCUAGCACUUGUAACACAGACAAUAGAUUUUAUUGUAUUUAUGUAGAAAAACAAAUUGUUUUAGGGGACGCUUUGUAAACUGCGACAACAGAAUGGACAAACUUUUUUUAUAUACCAGGCAGGAUGUGACUUUGGUGGACUUUUGGGAAGACAUUUUUUGUUCUUUGUCACAUCUGGACUUAUCAAAGGGCUCCAUUCAGGUGCCUGGUCAUUGUUACGGUUGUCCAUUCCACUAAAUAAGCCAGUUAUUGCUAUGACCACUGUGGUUCAAAACAAACAGUUCUAGGUUUACAUAUGUAUAAAAUGCAUAUUCUUUUUUUAUCAGUUAUGUUUUUGACUUGUUCCACCAUUGUUACAGAAAUAGUACAUUUUUUCUCGGGAACCUUUGCUCUAACAUGUUGUCUUUGACAUCUACAAUAUAAAGUAUUGUUUUGGAAAAAC